CUUGACUUGAAAUACUCUUUUACCUCACUUAUUAGAUUAGAGAUACAUGAAAACCAUAAAGAAAUUCCUUCUGAUAAGUCUGAACUAGAGUAGGCUUUUCAGUUGUGAUCACUUUAAUAAACUACUAAAAUUUUAUAAAAUUCAAUUAUUAUUUUUUACAAGGAAAUAAACCGAAAAUUUUUGUUUAAAUAGUAAAAUGAAAUCGAUUAUAUAAUAAUUAAAAACUAAUGUGGAAUCAAUCCUUUACCACUGCUUACAUCCAAACCUAAUAACCAAUCAUCUAUCCAAUUUAUUAUGUGCCUGUUGUUUAAGGAUAUUUAGGAUAAUAAGACCUUUAUUUCAAUACCUAAUAUUUACCUUAAGGAUAAUGCUAAUAGGAAAAGAUUACUAUUGCUGAGGUGUCCAAAUAGCCUACUGAGUACUCCUAAGUUUAAAGAUAAGAGAAAUAAUAAGAAGAAAGUAAUUGUUCAAUAAUGAUGACAAAUAAACUGAAAUCAAAGAAAUGUUAUUCAGCUUUAAAUUUGUCACAAUAGUCAACUAACAUAUAAAAAAAUUAUGCAAAAGCAAUUGUCUAAUUUAUGAUAAGAUAGAGAAUUGAAAUAUUAAAGUACCUUGGUGAAAAAUAAGGAAUAGAAUUUUUAAAAAUCUUGACAUAAUUAAAAAAUAAUAUAAAAAAUAUUAACCAUAUCAAGAAGCACUUAAAAGAAGAUAAUCAAUUAUGUUUAUUUAGAAUAAUAGCAAAUAGAUUUUUAAGAAAAGAAGCUAUAGGAUAUGUGUAUAAUUCAAACAUAAGAUCAACUAGUCAUCAUGUUAAAUAAAGAAAUUAAAUUAGACUUAAUUUAUAUUAAUGCUGA